AUGAAAGGAACCACGUCGAGAAGCGGAAGCAUUAACUUGUACAAUAACAUAACCGAUAGCCUGUCCAAAUUAAAAACGAUAAUAAAAUAUGACCAGGAGAACGAUGUGGAUAAGGGAGGGGGAGAGGCACAACAGGGGAAAGCAUAUGAAGGAGGGCACUGCAAACUAGCUAAAGACGGGCCUAAUGAUGCAGCUAAGUACCCUUUCUUCGGCGGGACGGAGACUGCGGAUGGGAAUCCAACCCACAGGCAAAGAGAUCAGAGGAAAGGGCACAGGACAAACAACAAAGAGAGGGAACUGUUGAGGAGUAUAGCCAAGGCAAAUUCGUUAAAAAAAAUAGAAAAAAAUAUAAGUCUUUUGUUAAGGUCGGAUGACGAAGAGGGGGAGUUGGAGGAAGAAAAAGAGGAGCAACAUCUGAGGGACAUGAAGCAUUUGAAGCAUCCGCAGCAUCCGCAGCAGCCGCAGCAACCGCAGCAACCGCAGCAGCAUUAUGACGGAAGUGAUGGGUGCGUGGCAGUGGGACCUGGUACUGUGUUCGCACCGCGGCGCAAUUACCACCAAAGGGAAGAAGGCCGUUUGCCCAACCAACCCUAUCCCUCCACUGUACAAACCGAUGGGCAAAUCAGAAACAAGAAUUGUGACGAAGCAGUCGAAAUGGACAGAGAUGUCAAUUAUGGAGUCAAUGCUAAUUAUAAAAUGGGAGGAAACCUGGACAGUCUCGAGAGAAUUCCUCAGUUUAGCAUCACAGGGAGUAAGGACAAAAUAGGUUAUAGCAAGCACCUGAUCCAGGGCGGGUACUUCGACAUGGUCGAUACAGAUAUGGCACACAGCACGGAUGGUCCUGCGGGGAAGAACCAAUUGGAUCUGUCACUCAUGUCAAAGGAGGACCUUAAGAAGGAAUUUAGCUUUUACUCCCUGAGCGAAAAAAACAGCGUGCACAAGUUUUCCCUCCAAAAUAAUGAUAUGCUGGAUCUGAGCCAAAUCUCGAAUUUUUCGAAUUUUUCGAACAGGUUGAGGGGAUCCAGCCGGGCCAACUUCGCCAAGGGGUCCAAGCUGAAAGAGGCAACGAUGAGUGAUAGCAACACGUCAAUCAGCUCGUUCACCUUCAACGGGAAUGCCAGCAAUUUGAUCGGCAGGGACCUGGCAGGGGAAGACGAACCUGACCGAUAUGGUGAACAUGGUGAGCAUGGCGAACAUGGCGAACAUGGGGAACAUGGCGAACAUGGAAUCAAUCCAGCCAUUGACCUGAACAGUGAUCAUUGUGCAAAGAUGCAUGGCAGAGUUCUUUCCGCCGCAGCGAACGGCAUGGAGAAUAAAGGGUUGAGCAAAAAAAAAAAAUCAGACAUAUAUAUAGCGAUGGAUAAUACUAGCAAUAAUAGCGGAACGUACUACGAGAACAGCCUCAAAAGUAAUAGAAGCAAUUUAGGCACUAGUCGCCAGAACACCUUAGAUGAGAGUCAUAGGACUUACUUAGGUAGUGGAGAUUACUUUGAUCCCAAUUUAAGUCAUACCAAGGUGGACAAAAAUACCUUGCCUGGUCAUGUAAAUUUUUACACCAAGCAUAAUGAACUGAAUGAAUCGCUACAUAAUCUAAAUGCUAACAAAACAAGCCGAAGUGGUGAAGCGGCUUCACUAAGAAGUGGCGAAGCGGCUUCCCUAAGAAGUGGUGUAGAGGCUUCCCUAAAAAGUGGUGUAGAGGCUUCCUCAAAAAGUGAUGGCUCAUUUGUGAGCAAAAAUUACCUCAAUCUGAAUAACAGCAGCCAUGUAGAUCUGACCCGUUCACAGAUGAACGUACGAGCGAAGAAAGAAAUAACAACUGAUCACGUGAGGGAUGAAAGAGAGAGAGAAAAGAAAAAAGAAAACAUACACAUUGGAUCAAACAUCGAUUUUGACAAUAACAUUUUUAAGAAUUACAACAAGGAGAAGAAAUUAGAAGAAGGUAAAAAAUGUGGCAGCGAUGUGGAAGGGAGAGUACUGUCCGAGGAAAUGAUGAGCGAAGUACUCACACACGCUGCUUCAUCUGGUAAAGCUGCAAUGAAAGAUGAAGCAGAUGGUACUCUCCCCAUUAGUGAAGACGAUGUGGAUAGAAAAAAUAUUAACGAAAUAUACAAAAAAAUCAACUCCAUUUCGAUGCUCAAUGAUCUUAGUUUGAAUAAGCUGGAGAGUCUCAACAGCAGCAUUAUGGAUAUAUAUACAAAAAAUAACGAUGAAGGCAAAUUCCUAGAUGAUAUAAUUUUGGAUGAUAGUAUUUUUAUUAAGUCUAGCAGUCUCUACCGAGAGGAAGACAGUCCGCAUGUCACCACCCUUCAAGGGGACCUCCCCCCCGAUGAUUACAGAAAGAGAUUUUCCUUUUCGUCCGAUCCGGAUGCAGCGGAUAGCCUUUUUAAAAUUUCUCUCAGUUGUAACGAGGUAGUUGUCCCCACCGAUGAAGUCUCUCGUCCAAGGGAUGAAACUGGCUGCACGAAUAUCAAUCACGCACAUGUUGAAGAGGCGAAAGAGGAACAGAAACAAUCUCCAAAAGAUGGACCUACAAUAAGUAACCAAUACGAAUUUGAAACAACUCAUUGUGAGUUUAAGCAACGUGCGGAAGAGAGAGAAAUGUCUACAUUUAGAGAAACCAAAGUAGAGGAAUCCCAACGAAGGAGUAACUCAAUCAACCAGUUGAAGGACAAGUAUAACAAAAGGAAGAAUGAAACGAUGGAAAAAAACGAAAUGAAGUUAUCCGAGUUACCUUCCCAGUUAGAUAAAAAUCUGUUGCUAAAAAAUACGUUGACAUUGCAGAGGAGUUAUAACAAUAUGGAGUGCAGGAAAUCUAAGACAUCCACAUUGGACCAAUUCGCAACCCCUUCCAUUGACCGCCUCUUACCCAAUGAGAGGGAUCAGAUGGAGAAAAGGAAUAUUUCUCGAUCAUCUGUCAACAAAACGGAUACAAUAAAUCGUUUUUCAAAGCAUGACAUGUAUGUGCAUGAUGAUAGAUUAUGUAGAAACGAGUUGGAAAAUCUGUCCAACUUAUUUUUAAGCAAGAGCGUCUUUGCGAAAUGCCCGGACUUGGUCAGUAACUCCGCAGGGAAGGGAAAAAAGGAGAGGGAGGAUCAGGUCAACCAAACCAAUUCCUUCUCAUCCGUUUUUCCUUAUGAUGAUAAGGUCAGCAAUGGAGACCCGUCCCAUUGUUUGCGAGGCGGCACCAGCGGGGGAAUGAGGCGCAAGAGAAGCAUAAGUGACUGUGAGGGGGAGAGCGCAAACGUUUAUAAUGAUAGCAGUGUGGAUAGGAUCCACAGAGAAAAUGCAAAUGACCUGGGAGUUAGUUCCCCGUAUGAUCCGCAGGAGGGGAAAUGGCCUAACGGGGGUGUCGCUGCUGGGGGGGUCGCUGUUGGGGCUUCCUGCACUGGGGCUGCCUGCACUGGGGCUGACUCUUCCCGGGGUCGACACAACGUGUUAAUCAGUGCAAGCAGAAGUAGCAUGCGAAGCAGCGGGAAAAUGGAAUGGAGCAGACUGGAUGAGGAGAAAGGGAGCAAAACAACAAAGGGAGGGAGAAGAGGCUCCAGUGAAGAGUCGCGUGGAGUGCUGAAUGACUUGGUCCUAUCGAAAAGGACAAGCGAUUGCAAAGUUAACCACGUUAGUGAUACAUUCUCAGAUGAAGAAAUAUCUACCGGGGCAGAAGGAGGUACCCGUUUUACCGCCCACACAAGUGAAGGCACCAAUCACAUGCGUAACCUCUCCUAUGACGGAGCUGUCAUAAUUGGAAACGUGGGACAAAGCCAAAAUGGUAUGCCACGUUUUUUAAGACAACUAAGCAGAGGGACCGACUCCGAAAGGUCUUCAUCUCUGAUGAGGUCCCAUGAGAAAGAGGUACGACCGAAUGAAGGGAAAUUCUACCCACUUGAUAAGAAGACCACCUUGGAGGAGGGCAAAAUACCCCCAAUGGUGAACAACAAAAAUGAAGAGGGAAUAAACUACGAAUCGCAGCUCUCCAAGGAGGACGAAAUUAAGCACAGCGGGAUGACGAGCAUACCAGAUAUUCUCCACUUUGGAGAGAACAACAACUCCUCGAUUUUUUUUUUUGACAAUAUACAUAACUCAUCAGAGUAUGACUGUAUUCCCAAACCCUUGCACAGUUCGUACUUUGAGCGUAAGCGUAAGGUUUCUCGGGAAAUGACAGAAUCAUUUAGAGAUGGCCAAACGAUAUUUCAACCAAAUAUAAACUCAUUUGAGAGGAUCAACAAGGGGAAUAUCUCCCGGACAUCGCCGCUAACGGAAGGGAAGAAGUCCCUUAUUACUCUCUCCAGCAUGAAUGGAAGUGUGCGGUACCCAAGUGGGGAAAACGAAAAAGAUUUUGAAGAGGACAUAAUGCGUCAGGAUACAGCACACAGAAAGGUGAGCGAUGAAGGGGUAUCUGACAGACAAGGGUAUCUAACAAACCAGACUCGAUCAUGGAAGGGAUUGCAGAGAAGUAGUAGCAGCGUGUUGUUUAGUGGUCCUAAUCGAAAGAUCACACCAUCAUCGGGGGGUUUCGCCGAUGAUCCUACAGUUAAGGAAUACACCCAUGACGAUCGAAGGAGCAGCGUUGAUACAAUUUUUGCAAAAGAAGACGAGCAGAAGAAGGGGCCAAUUGAUCGGAAUACCACCCCACGUAGUGAAGGGACAAACCAACGGAGUAUCGACCAAGUACAGUCACAAAAGGGUAUGGAAGUAAGUGAGAAAGGGAGAGCGAAAGAUAAAGCGCCAAGCGAAGCUGCGAAUGAUGUAUUAGAAGCAUGCAGCACCAGUUACUCCUUCGAAAGGAAUGGAAUAAAUGAGCAGAAAGGACAAGCAGGGAAUUCCUACCAGUCUGUACAACUAGAGGCUUACAAAAUAUGUGAGCAUGAGCAGAGAGAGAGAGGCAGUAGAAACAUAGCAACAGAGUAUGACGCUACAAAUGCAGGACGUGCAAAUGAAGAAAAGAGCAACACGGGGAAGGUAGUAAUCCCCCCGAGUGAAGAAGAAAGAAAAGUGCAUCCUAACUGCCACGGUGAGGAAAGAAGUAAUAGAAGGGUAGUAUCACCCUGCAGUGGACAAAGAAGGAACACAGUUGCUGGUGAAGAAAAAAGCGCUAACGGUUAUAUAGGAAAGAAAGGCAGCAUAAAUGGAUUGCCCCCCCCAAGUGUGCCCAGUGAUGUGUAUGAGAAUAUCGACAUGCACAAGGAGAAUCAGCGGAGUGACAAUGAAAAGGUUCUCUCAGGGGGGAAUCCCUCUGAAGAAAACCCCUCUGUGGAGAACCCCUCUGUGGAGAACCCCUCUGGGAAGAACCCCUCUGGGAAGAACCCCUCUGUGGAGAACCCCUCUGGGAAGAACCCCUCUGGGAAGAACCCCUCUGGAGAGAACCCCUCUAGAGAUACGCACCCGCGUAGUAUCAACCGUGACGAUAAUUUGGACCCCAAACAAUUUAAGAACAAGCCGAGUGUGGAUUAUCAAAUGGUCCAGGGCCCAGGGGGGAAGGAAAUCAACUACAUGGAAGGACAGAAUCAGGAAGAAAGCUGUACAAGGAAUUCCCAAUACAGUAAAAAUUCGAAUGAGCCUUAUGGAGAGACCUACCGAUGCAAGAGUGGCCAAUUGGGUUAUGUGAAACAGGGUACACAGAGCUAUGAACAUGCUGGUGAUGAACAGGAAACCAUUUUAUCCACAUGCAGAGAGGAAGACUACACAUCACACAAGGGUAACAUCGGGGAUUACCCCUACGGAAAAUAUUUCAGUAAAGGCAAACGGGAAGACGAGCUUCAUUCUAAUCACUACAAUGAUGGAGUGAGAAGUAACGGGGAACAUUCCAGGAGUAGUGCAUUAAGUGAAGAUGCAUGUCUCGGUGCAGUUAAGGUGGAGAGGGCGGAACAUUCCAGUAGCGGGGCUCGCAGCGGGAGAGGUAUGCAUCACAGGGGAGACAAGGAGGAGCAUGGUGGGGGGUUUCAAUCAGAGAAGAUCCCGCAAGGAGACAAACAUGCUUAUGAGAGGAUCGACCCGCUAGGAGACAAAAAUUCGUAUGAAAGGAUCGACUCGUUAAACACAAUUCAACCGUACGGAAUGAAGAACCCGAGGGAGGGAGAAACGAAGAUAAACGCGCAUAUGUGUGGAAGCGGAAGAGGAGGUACUCAUCCAUGUGGCAUACAUACAGAAGGAGAUGGCAGAAGAAACACAAAAGACAUCGCUGUGAAAAGGAUUAACGAGAUAAUAAUGGCACCAAACAGUUUGCACAACAGAACUGAUUCAACCAACCUCGAAAGGAAGAAAGAAAGGAACACAUAUGAUCACGCGGGUGAGGAUUUUCCUCAAGAAAGACCAGCACAGGAUUACCCUUAUGGUAGAUACCAAAGCAGAGACGCAAAUUAUCCGUACGAGCAAUCCAGAAAAGGGGACAACUAUCGUGGAAGGGAUAUUCUAGAAAUGAAUGCAACGAACUCGUACCAGUUAAAAAAGAAUAACCAAUUUGAAGAAGCCAUGAUCCAACACAAGUACAGUAAAAACGGCACGCAGCUUUAUGAGGAUGAGACCAAUCAGCCGGUUUAUCCCUUCAACGAAUUUCUUCCAAACGAUAAGGCCCCUUCUGGUCAUUUGGGUAGUCUUGCAAGGGAAGAAGCAUUCGCCAGUCGUCUCAUGGAAGGGAAUGUCCGUGAGAGGCAUAGCUCUUUGGGGGGAUGUGAAGGGUACGAGAAUUGGCCUCAAAGAGAGGGGGUGACUGGGGAGCGUGGCAGCGAAAGGUAUGACCCCAGCUGGAGUCGCGGCGGCGACUACCGUUAUGGCGGGCUUUGUGGAGAGCACCACGGGGAGGAGAACCCCUGGGAGGAGCACUACAACGGCCACCACGACGGCCACCACGACGGCCACCACGACGGCCACCACGACAGCCACUACGGCCGCUACCCCCCCCUGUACGAAAACUUGGAAGUGCACAGUGUCAUGGUUGCCCCUCAUGACAGAGUAGAAAAAUCGAAAACGAACGUAAAGAUUGUGGACCAUAAUUAUGUUUCGAGUGGCAUCCCCUAUGGAACAGAUUUUCACUCACCAGUUAUGCCACAAGGGGAGUAUGUAAAGGCACACACGUCUUAUGUAUCCUACGGGGGUGGAGCUAAGUGGAAGGGAAACAGUACACAACCCCUUGGAUGUGCACACCUAGAGGAAAAGAAGAAAGAGGCCAUUUAUAACUAUAAGGAGGCACGUUUAAAAUAUGAUAUUAAACGAGAGAUGUAUGAGGGGAAGUACACGGGGAGUCCGCACGAGUAUGAACAGUGCUCACGGGUGGAUGGAAGAAGCAACACUGCACUUCCGUACGACUACUACAUCGAUGAAGGUGCGCGAAGCGAAGUUGUGCGGCGGUAUGGCAAGUAUGCUCAGGAGGAGUUGCACAGAAAAGGCGAAAAUGUAAUUAUGUUCCACCGUUUUGGAGAGUCAAAGGAUGUAGAUAGUCACAUCGAUAGAGUAGCUCCCGCCCCCUCGCGUCAAUACAGCGGGAACGGCGGGGGGAAUAGCGGUGGGAACGGCGGUGGGAACGGCGGUCGGGACAGCGGUGGCCCAGUACCGCUUCAUUACGAUGUGAAAAGAGAGGAUAACACACAUGGAUUGGCCCCCCAAAUGGGUGAUGACUACCCAAAUGAGAAUAAAACGUGGAACUACAGAGAAGGAAAAAAUGGACUACCUUUUAGAAAGGCCAACACAAAUUAUGAACAAUACAAGGUGGGUAGAGACAUGGGAAGUAACAGUGAUGGUCGUAUAUUUAGACACUCGGAGGGGGACACAAUGCAUAGGGGAGGAAUAUCAAGGGGAAACAUCCAAAUGGAUCACAAUGCAAGUAGCAGCAGUGGAAGGAAUGCUAACUAUAACGAACUACUUUAUGAACUGUUCAGGGAAAAUAUAGACAGCCAGGGUAAGGAAAAAAACAGCCAAGUGUUAAAUAAAAUUAUGGAUGUCAUGAUGAAUAUACAGAAUGAUUUGAAGGAUGUGAAGUGUAAACUCAGCAGGAAGAAGAAAAGUGAUCACCACCCCCAGGAGGGGGGAGAUGCCCGCAGUGAGGAUAGCGGCCAGCAUGAGGGUCAGCGCAGCAGAGGGAAUAAUGGCACACCGGAUGGUGAGAAUAAGGGCAACCCCCGUGGUGAGAAUAAGGGCACCCCCCUUGGUGAGAAUAAGGUCACCCCCCGUGGUGAGAAUACGGGCCAGCCAAACUGCCUUGGUAGGGGCCCAGCCCGGCGAUCCUCCCCCUUGAAUAACCCCGAAUUGGACGCGAGCCUGACCCCCGUUCUGCAGAACCUCAACUACGAAGAAGUAAAAGACUCCGUUAUCAGCAAAUCGAAUAGGCUAUACCUGUUCAGCAAAUUUUUCGCCUCCGUUUUUUACGAACACAGUGUGAAGACGCAUAAUUUUAUUAUGUUCAAUAUAUAUAACACAGAGCAGAGGAGACAAACACAUAAAGUAUCUCUUUUCCUGGAGAGGGACUACAACGAUAUCUACAGUCACGCGUACAAUAACUUACUGUUCUACUCCUUUGAUUGUUACAAAUUCUACAAAUACAUAAAGACCAAGUUCCAAGGGAGUUACAAAAUAUAUGAGAAUUCAACUCUGUGUCUUUACAUACAGAAUAAUUACGAGACGAAUUUGAUUAAUCGUCUCUUUAUUGAGCAAAAUAAUUUGCACAAAAGCAGCUUCUGUCUAAAUGAGAAGAGGAUCCUGAAGACCUGUACCAAAUAUGUGGUGGAGUAUUUUUUGUCUCUUUUAGACAAACAGGUUAAUAUAAAAAAUGUGAUUCCUUUUAUGAAGAAAAAGAAUUACGAGAUCGAUCAGAGAAACUUGUAUUUUUUCAUUUCUAGGGUUAAUUUAAUGGAUAAAAUUUUUAGUGACUCACAUGGCUUCGAGUGCAACAAAAAGACGUUCGAGAGGUUCUCCCCCAAUGUGAGAAAUUUCGCCGUUUUUUUUAAGUACAUACGGGACGCCUCCGACUUUUAUGACUCCCUCGUUGGGGCGGAAGUGGAAGCGGGAGUGGAAGCGCCACAGGGGGAGGCAGCACCGGGGGAGGCACCUGCGGAAGCGCGUUCUGCGCCAGGUUCCUCGGCACGCUCCGCCAACGCUGCAGCUGCUUCGGGUGCUCCCCCUCCUGGUCGCAGCUACCGGCUUAUCAUCGUGGCCCUGCACAAGGGGAAAUCGUUCCAGUACGACAAGGCUCCCUUCAGCAGCUUUAUAAACUCGAGGCAAAGCGAUAUGCACCACUACUACAACAGUUACGACUCCAUGUCCUUCUUCAAUGACGAAGUGGUGCUCUUCAAUCUGUCCUAUGCAGUUCCUUUUUACUACAUAGAGUACUACAGGAACUAG